AUGACCACCAACCCUCAAGCAAAGUGGGCAAUCCUUUUUCAGGAUGAACCCUACAAUAAAGAAUGCCUUUGGGUCAAGCGUCUUGGACAGGGUGCAUAUGCCCGAGCUGAUCUAGUCAAGACCAUGAACGGCCAGCUGGAAGUAAGGAAACUUCUUCACCAGCCAGCGUUUGCCGAUGAUCGUAGAGAUACUAUCAAGGCCGAGAUUUUAACCAUGAUCGAAAUCCGACAAGCAUGUGACGGCCCCGAACUGGCCCUCGCCAAACUCAACUCUGCCGGAUUCACAACCGGCAUCAGUGAGCAAGGGCGGGACAAUGGCGACCGCGAUGUGGGUUACUGGAAGUUCUAUAACCUGGUGAGCUGUCUAGACCUUAUCAAGCUCACAAGGGGAAUGGAUCUGUACAUACCCAGCGCUUUUGCCGCUGGGCUCGUGGCAGACUGUCUGUUCGGCCUUGAGAAUCUCCUCCACAGCGGCAAAACGCACAAUGACCUCUACCCGCGCAACAUCUUCUUGAAUUCGAGGGAACUAAGCGGAUAUACCGCUGUUGAGGGAGUCAUUGGCGAUUUCGGACUGUGUGAAAACCGCAGGCCAGCCUCGGAGAUAGAGUUGAUCCAGGCCAGCAUUGACGUAAUCGAGCAACCUUUAUACCCAGCGGACAGCCUGGAGAAGCGACGAGACGAGUGCCGCUGGGGGAAAAUACAAUCCAUCCUCGACCUCUACAUCAGCCAAUGGACGAGCCCUUCAACAAACACCUCAACGUUCAUCGAUGCCAUCGCGGCCUUUUCCGAACUCAAGCAAGAAGCAUCGACGGAUUUCCGCACGUCCAUCGAGUCGACGACGUUUGCUACUGUCCUUCAGGGAAUCGUCGGUGAGACCGUCGAUGGAGUACCGAUGAUGUUCGAUUCGUUCGAAGACCUUCGUCGCGUCGCUGAGCAUGAAUUCAAGGGCGAGAUAAUCAAGACGGUAAAGAUCUGCCCUCGAACCUUUGAGGUCUCUGCUGUGGGUGACAGAAUUGUGGUCUUUGCGAACCCAGAGGCGCAGGAUUGUCGUCCUUGA